AAAUUUUCUACUGUUAAGAAAAGUCAAAACAAUAGAAAAAAGUUAGGUUGUGUAUUUUCGAUAUCAAUUCCAAAAAUACAAAAUUCUGAACAUGAGGAAUAAAAAGCUAGCUAUCCGAUGGUUCAUUUCAAUUUCAACUUUUUGAGCAACGAAUGAUAAUAACAACUUCUUUAAACAUGUACAAAUUAUUGAGUAGAAAAUCAAUAAAACUGUUUCCUUAUAUUUCAAAAAGGAAUGUGGAGACAACUUUAUCUACUUUGGCAGAAACUUUCAAUUCAUCUUCCACCAAAAAUAACUAUGAAGAUAAAUCAACAACUGGAUUAUUCAAUGUACCAGAGCUUAACACAGCCUUUGGUUUUUUAAAACUCCAGACACAAUGUAUGAAUAAUAUCCAAGAUUUGCUUGGAGAAGCUCUAGAUUCGACCAGAAACAGGAAAAUGGUUGAAAUUUUUGAUGAAAUGUCAGAUUCGCUUUGUAGAGUAGCUGAUUUGGCAGAAUUUGUGAGAUUGGCUCAUCCUGUACCUCAGUUCCGACAGGCUGCUGAAAAAGCUUGUAUAAGUAUAAGUGAAAUUGUUGAAGAGUUAAACACAAAUAGAAAAUUAUAUGAUAAUUUGAAAAAGAGUGUAACAGAAGGUGAUGUGAAGAAGACAACAGAGGUGGAUCAUCUUGUGGGUGAACUUUUUUUAUUUGAUUUUGAACAAAAUGGUAUUCAUUUAUCAGAAAGUCUUAGGAAUAAAGUAGUUUCUUUGAAUAAUACAAUUCUCAAUCUGGGUCAACAAUUUGUUGCGGGGAGUGAUUCACCUAGAAUUAUAAAAAAGUCAGAAGUUCCGCCUUUUUGUCAAAAUUUAUUUAUUUCUGAUGGAGAUGAUAUUAUUGUUUCAGGAUUGUAUGUUGAUUCUCCCAAUUCUAUGAUAAGAGAAAUGGCUUACAAAAUAUAUUAUUAUCCUGAUAAACAUCAAGAAUUCCUUUUAAAAAAUCUUACAGAAGCUCGACAUUGUUUAGCAAAGACUUGUGGAUUUAAAUCUUAUUCAGAGAGAGUUUUGAGAGGAGGAACUAUGGAUAAUCCUUCUGAUGUGGUCAAAUUUUUAGACAUAACUUCUGCAAAUAUUGAGAAAUAUUCUACAUUAGAAUUUCAGUACAUGAAAACAAUGAAGGCAUCUGAAAAUAUUAAUAAUAAAGAAGUAAAUGUUUGGGAUGUACCUCAUUAUAUAAUGAAGGCUAAAAAGGAUUGGUUUAAAGUAUCCCAGGAAGACUUCAGUUCAUAUUUUUCCCUUGGUGCGUGUAUGGAAGGACUGAAUAAAAUUUUUCAAAAUUUAUAUGGAAUAUCACUUGUUAAUCAUCCCAUAGCGAAUGGUGAAAGUUGGUCAAGAGAUGUAUAUAAAUUAGCUGUUGAGCAUGAAAGUGAAGGGAUUUUAGGUUAUAUUUAUUGUGAUUUUUUUGAAAGACCUGGGAAACAAAACCAAGACUGCCAUUUCACCAUACAAGGAGGUAGAGAAUUGAAUGAUGGUUCAUAUCAGAUACCUAUUGCUGUUUUGAUGCUGAAUUUCCGACCACCCACAUGGGGAAUGCCUUCAUUACUGACCCCUCAUAAUGUAGAUAAUUUAUUUCAUGAAAUGGGACACGCAAUGCAUUCUAUGUUAGCUCGAACAAAGUAUCAACAUAUAACUGGUACAAGAUGUAGCACAGAUUUUGCUGAGGUUCCUUCAGUUCUCAUGGAAUACUUUGCUGCGGACCCUAGAAUAAUACGACUUUUCGCUAGGCAUUAUGAAACAAACGAUCCUAUUCCUGAAGAUAUGCUUCAACGACUUUGUGCCUCUAAGAAAGUUUUUAAUGCAUGUGAAGCCAAAAUGCAGAUAUUUUAUUCUGCAUUGGAUCAGUUUUUCCAUAGUGAAAAUCCAGAUUUUACAAAUAGUAAUAAAGUUCUUGCAGAGCUUCAUGAAAAAUAUUAUGGACUGAAACAAGUACAAAAUACAGCCUGGCAUCUUCGGUUCAGUCAUUUAUUUGGCUACGGAGCUAAAUAUUAUUCUUAUUUAGUGUCCCGCGCUGUAGCUUAUUCUAUUUGGCAAAAUUAUUUCAAAAAGGAUCCCCUAGAUAGAACUAAUGGUGAAAGUUACCGCAGAGAAUGUUUAGCACAUGGAGGAGGUAAAAAUCCAAAAGUACUUGUUGCAGAUUUCUUGAAAAUGGAAGUGUCACCUGAAAUUCUUGCGAAUUCAUUAGCUAAUGAAAUUGGUCAAAAUCAUGAGAUGAUAAUGAAGUUUAGUAGUAUGUACAGGACUUAAUUUGACUAUUUUUCUUCAUAGUUAUUUUAUCAUAUAAUAAUUGUAUAUCUUUUAAUAACUGAUCAUCUAAAUCUAUUUAAGGAAUGAGGAUACAUCAACUAAAAGGGUAUUAGCAAUACAAUGUUGUAUACAGUAAUUAUACUUAUUGAUGAAA